UUGCAGUUUGUUGCCAACGAGCGAGCUAGUGGUCCAAUCCCAGAAAAAAAAAAAAGAGAGAGCGAGAGAGAGGAAGAUCAAAACCCAGCAAGCAGAUCGUCGAGGAGAUGAGCUGUCCGACCUUGCUCUGCCUCCUACUACUGAUCAUCGUCUGCCUCAACGAUAGCGCUGCUGCUGACGACUUCGGAUUCUUGUACAAUGGAUUCGCCGGCAGCAAGCUCCUCCUCGAUGGUGCAGCUUCCGUCACCCAAGAUGGCAUCCUUUCUCUCACAACCAACAGUUUUGACAUCACUGGUCAUGGCUUCCAUCCCAACCCUGUUCCCUUCACCGGCGAGAACGGCAUGGCCGUGUCUUUCUCGUCCACUUUUGUCUUCACCAUCACGCCCAACCCCUCGGGCCGUUCCGGAUACGGGAUGGCACUUGUGAUCUCCGCGAGGCCGGAUUUAUCGUCCCGCGGCUUUCCAGGGGCAUACCUUGGCCUUGGUGGCCCUUAUUACUACAAACAAAACCAGCAAUUCUUUGCUGUAGAGCUCGACACCGUCUUCAACGGGGAGUUCAAAGACAUCGACGACAACCAUGUUGGGAUCGAUGUCAGCAGCAUGGUGUCAAACUUCUCUGCUCCAGCAGGCUGCUACAGCUACACCGAAGACGACGACUACUUUAUUUCAACCAACUUUGAGGGGCUGAGGCUUUCGAGCGGCAGCCCGAUGCAGGUGUGGGUGGACUACGACGGCGAAUCCAUGGAGCUCAACGUCACGCUGGCCCUCGUCCCCAUGAACAAGCCUUCUCUACCGCUUCUGUCUUACACCGUCAACAUGUCGGACCACCUGCCGUCCUACUACUCGGAUGAUUCUGUGGCCAACAAGCUUUACGUUGGCUUCUCCGCUGCCACGGGUGAUAGGCACGGUGCCACUCAUCAAGUUCUGGGAUGGAGCUUCAACCUCACCGCACCAGCUCCGCCACUUGACUACUCACAGCUGCCGUUGAAGCGAGUGCAGCAGAUACAAGGAGCGAGCACGGCGAAGAACCUCGUCAGGUGGCUGCCUGCAACUCUGUCAGUGUUGGCAGGUGCGACGGCUUGCCUUGUGCUCCGAUGGCGGUCUAACAAGAAGAGCGCAGAGAGGCGUCAAGACUGGGAGGCCGAGCUGGGGCCCCGCCGGUUUUCAUACAGGGACCUUCGCAAAGCUACCGACGGGUUCAGCAGCCGGCAGCUGCUGGGGCAAGGAGGCUGCGGCCGUGUCUACGGAGGAGUACACGCCGGAUCCGGCAAACGCAUCGCGGUGAAGCGGAUAACCUCGGAGCCCGCGCAGGGUCUCGCGCAAUUUACCGCGGAGAUCCUCAUCCUCGGCCGCCUGCGGCACCGGAAUCUGGUGCGCCUGUUUGGCUAUUGCCGCCAGAGUCAGAAACAUGACGAGCUUCUCCUGGUCUACGAGCACAUGCCCAAUGGCAGCUUGGACAGGUACCUGCACGGCCAGAAGCACGACGCGCUCGCCUGGUCCCAGAGGUUCCACAUCAUCAAGGGCGUCGCCUCGGGUCUGCUCUACCUCCACGAGGACUGGGAGCAGGUCGUCCUGCACCGCGACGUCAAGGCAAGCAACGUGCUACUGGACGCGGAGAUGAACGGGCGGCUGGGCGACUUCGGCCUCGCGAGGCUGCACGACCAUGGCGCUGACGCGCACACCACGCACGUCGCCGGCACGAGGGGGUACCUCGCCCCGGAGCUCCUGAGGUUCGGCAAGGCCACCAAGGCCACGGAUGUGUUCGCCUUCGGCGCCUUCGUCCUCGAGGUUGCCUGCGGCAGGCGGCCGGUGGGUCUAAACGCGCGCGGCGAGCUGCUGGUGCUCCUGGACUGGGUGCGCCAGAUCUGGGCGACCGGCUGCAUCGCCGACGCCAUGGACCCGAGGCUGCUGGAUUGCGAGGCCCAUGAGGCGGAGCUGGUGCUCAAGCUUGGCUUGCUGUGCUCGCAUCCGCUGCCCGCCGCGAGGCCCGGCAUGCGCCAGGUCAUGCAGCACCUCGACGGAGGCCUGCCGCUGCCGGAGUUUUCAGCGGAUUAUCUUGCUAUUACAGACGUCGACCAAGUCCUCGAGACGUCCCCCUCGGUGGCAACCACCAUUACAGGUCUUUCUGGAGGAAGGUAGUGUACCUAUGUAUCUCGCUCUCGGUUAAUCAGUGCAUAUGCAGAUCGAUGGUAGGUACUUCUGUCAGAUGAUGAGAGCUCCGGCCGGACAUGUGGCUAGCUAGCUUAAUUUGACUGAAAGGAAAUUAAAUAGAGAGGGAAAUCAUUUUUCCUUUUUCCUACUGUGUUGUAGAAUAUGGAAUGAUAUUCAAUAUGUAUGCAUAUUUAGUAAAGUUUUAAAUCUCCCGCUAUAGCUUCCGCUAUAGCUAUUUAGACAUGGUACCGCUAUUUGAACUCAUGUGUAAUUUAGCCACCCUGCUAUAGUCUUAUUUAGCCCGCUAUUA